AUGAGAGCCGAAAUUCCCAGCGAACUAAAUGGCGAACAGAUUCCUGUCCUUCUUCUAAAGACCAAGUCCUCCCCGCACGACGGAUAUGAGGAGUACUUUUCCUCCACAGCAAGAAACUAUCACUACAACCCCAUAUUUGUGCCAGUAUUAAAGCAUACGUUCAACCAUGAUAAUCUAGGAAAAGUAAGAGACCUGUUUGUCUCUGGAGACCUAAGAAGAAAGUAUGGUGGUUUGGUUUUUACAAGCCAGCGAGCUGUUGAGGGGUUCAGUAGAAUGAUCACCGAGGAGGUUGACCAAAGCCUUGGGAUUGAAGCUUCUCUCGAUCUUGCCUUAUACACGGUCGGACCGGCUACGUUUCGGUCACUGAAUACUCUCCGAAAAACACAUCUGCCACAUGCUGCCUUAAUUGGAGAGAAUGCCGGUACGGGCGAAGCUCUUGCAAAGCUCAUUCUAGAGCAUUAUAACGACCUUGAACGAAAUAAACCUCACUUCUCAAUCAACAAUGAAAAUCGGAAUGAUGGUGGGAAGCUUCCUCUCCUGUUUCUCGUGGGCGAAACACACCGUGAUAUCAUUCCUAAAACAUUGAUGUCUCCUGAGCUACCAGCUAGUGAAAGAAUUCACAUUGACGAAUUGAUUGUAUAUGAGACGGGGGUGAUGGACUCCUUUAGGCAGGAUUUUGCGUUUAUUUUGGACGAGCUCAAUGUGGCCUCGACGCAGGACGGAGACCAAUCGCACUGCAGUCAGGUACCUAUCUGGGUUGUCGUUUUUUCUCCAACCGGCUGCGAUGCUAUGCUUGAUAUUCUGGGUGUUUCUAUACAAGAUUGCUGUGAGGGUCAUGGUGUCUUGUCGCAAAGGGAUAUAAAAGGCUCCUAUAAACGAAGGCCGUGCCGGAUAGCUACAAUCGGCCCCACAACGAGAGAGCAUUUACAUUUAACUUUUGGCGUUGAGCCAGACGUAUGUGCCGAAAAGCCCUCUCCAGAAGGCGUAGGGAAUGGUAUAGAAGCCGCUAUAUCCGCUAGUUCUUGA